UAUCAUAGAUAAUAAAGAAUGGAUAGGCCAUUCGACCUUAUCAUACGUUCUCAAACAAUUAUGAAUGUAGGUGCUUUUAUUAUUAAUCCAUAUAUAUAUAUAUCUAUCAGAUUUUCAAUAAGGGAUAACCAAAAGUUGAGAUAACAGGCACCUUUGUGAGACAGAAGAUAUCUGCUCUUUAGGAACGAGGCACCUAAUGUUAUAAGCAUAGGCGUGGCCUAUCCAUUCUUUAUUAUCUAUGAUUAUUAUAAACAAGUGUCUAUAUUAAGCAAUCUAUCGUACACGGAUGAUCCCAUAUUUUCUUAUCAAUGACUUUGGUCAAUAAUUAAGAGCUAACUCAGCAUAAUCACGACCGUUUGUAUAAGUUUAAGUUAAUUUUAUACAUUUUGCCGUAAAAAAAAAUAUACGUUUAUCAAAUAUUUAAUAGGUAUCAAUUAAAAUUCGAAACAAUAAAAUAUGAUUAUUUAUCUUACAAAUAAUGAUUAAAAAUGAUUUAUUUUAUGAUACUUUAUUAAGUAUUUUGAUUAAGUAGGUAUUAUUGUCUUUUCGACUUUUCAUAAAAAAUAUGAUUGAUUCCAAAGAUGAUCAAUUGAAUGGAUCUAAUAAUAAUUGGAAAAAAUAUCCACGUCAAAACCAAGAAAAAUGGAAUACUCUUGCUAUUUUUAAAGAUGACAAAAUACUUUUGAUGAAGUUUAAUGAUCCGGUUUCUAAUCGAUCUGAAAUUGAUAUUCCCGAUAAAAAUAAAAAUUACAAUAUUAAAAGGGAAAUUGAAGAUAUUAAUUCUAAUAUUCAAACAAAUGUUUGUGAAUCUUACAAAUAUUUAGUGGAUUCCAGUAAUAUUGACUUCUCUUCAGACAUGCUUGAUACUUUUAGAAAAUCAUUCAAAAUUAAACAUAAUUUAAAGAGUGAAUAUUGGGAAUUAGCUGCUCAAGGAGAACACGAGACACCAUUGCAAAAAUAUUAUAGAUUAAAGUUUGAAACCGAGGAAUUAUUAAUACAAGAAUCUAUUUUUCAAAUAGUGGAUGAAAACGAUCAUAAUGAAAAGCUAUGUGCUAAUAUUGGAUUUCAAAUACAAAAUAUAUUAAACAAAUUAUUUAUAUGUAGCGUUAGUGGACAUUUUAAACUUUUAGAAAUUUAUAAAACUACUGUAAUUGUUACUUUACGAAACUUUAUUAUUUCUACAUUUUUAGAAAAACAUCUAUUUAGUACUUAUAAAGAAAAAUUUGUUUCUAUUAAUAAUAUGUCUAGAGUUUUAAAUAUUAAAAUAACAUUAAACAAUUUAAAACCUAGUACUGUACAAUCACUUCAAAUAUCUCAAUUAGAAGAUCAUUUACAAAAAUUGGAAAAAAUUAUUGGAUCUGAAAAACCAAUUUUGAUGCGCUUAGUUGGUGUUAAUAGCAAUAAAGGAUUGGUUGAAGCAGUUAGCAUGUUAAAGGGAAUGUCAAAACUAAUUUUACCUCAAAUUAAUGUAAUUGAAUCAAGAGCUGUUUACUUGCUACCGAAGUUAAAACAAAUUACUUCAAAACUAGUUGAUCAAAAGUUAGAAACAGAUAGAAAAACAAAUAAACUCUAUGAAACUAUUAUAAGAGCAAGAGAAGAAUCAAAUUUGUUACCUCAUGUUAUACAAAGAAUGAAAAUUUUAGAUAUUUUUCGUCAUAAAGUUGAGAUACUUGCCAUAACAAUGAAUAAUCUUAAUACUGAAUAUUCAGAAACUUCUAAAAAUCUCAAGAAAAAUGAACUAUUACUAAAUAAUAUUGAAACACAUAUACCUAAACAUUUAUCGAGUGUAGUUUCCAAUUUGCAAUUCUUAAAUGAUCAAAUAAAAAUGUUUGCUGAUCGAUUGAAAAAUAUUGAAGUGUAGUAAAAUUGUACAAAAUGAUCUACAUUUAAUUCUUCACAAUUUUUAUACUUUUAUUUAUUUUAAUUGUAAUAAUAAUAAUAAUAUAAUUUUAUAUUGUUUUAUUUGAAAAAUGUGUUCAUAACACAUACAAAUAUAAUAAUUCUCCUACUGAUAUUUUAUGUAUUUGUUAUCUAAAUAAACAAUAAGUAUACAAAUGUUAAAUGUAAUAUUGACAAUAAAAUAUUUGUUUACCUCAAA